CGGACAGACAGGGUGGUGCCCACCACGGAGGGAGGCUGGGACCGAGUGGGCGCCACGGAGGGCGAGGCAGACGGGGUGGGGGGCCGGGCAGCGAGGGGCCGGGCACAGAGGUGCGGCCCUGCCCUUCCCUCCCCCAGACGCGGCAUGUUGCCCUGGCCCCUUCCACGGUGGGACGGCGAGGAGCAGGCGCCGGAGGAACAGGGCCCCUCACCGUUCGGUGACCCCGGCAAGGUUCGGAACUCUGGAGGGAAAGCCCUGGGGGUGCCAGGUGCCCCCCCACAGGACAGCCCCCAGUUCCGGGCCCCAAGGCCUUCCUGGACCCGGAGAGGACAGCGGCGGGCCCCGCCCCGAGCAGGUCUGGUAGCCCAGCAGCACCCGGGACCCCCAGGUAGGUGCUGGGCCUUGCCCCCUCUACUCCUCAGGACCUUUUUACCCACUCCUGAGCCUGUUUUAAUCUCAAGUUACCCCCCCCCCCCAGUUCCCCUUUUUCCCCAGAUGGCCUGGGGGGUGGCCCCUUCGAGAAUGACCCUGCUGGCACCAUGGGACCCCAACUAUGAGGCUAAAGCUGGUUCUCAGCUGGUGUGGGGACCCAGCUGUGCUUCCGGUGCCUCUUUCUCAAGCCGGACUUUGUGUCAUCCCUCCUUCUGGCCGCUGUACGAGGCAGCCUCAGGCAGGGACCGCAGACCCCUGACUUCUGCAACAGUACGUCAGAAUGGCGAGCAGGCACCCAGGGCUGCAGGAUUCCCGGUGAUGUGCUGUGAAGAUGUCUUUCUUUCAGACCCUCUGCUGCCCCCUGGGCAGCGUGUUCCCUUGUACCUGCCUGAAGCCCCCCAGCAGGUGGGUACUUUCCUGCCCUGGCCUUUUCUCAGCCUCCCUGCAGGGCUUGGGAGGAGACACUUCCCUCUCUUCUCUCCUCAGGUGAUGGGCUCUCUGCAGCUGCUGCUCCCACCCCCUAUCAUGUCCCCCCAGGUCUGCCCCACCCGGUCCCCUGGCUGCUGCACCACCUGGCUCAGUGGGCCUGAGCUGAUCGCCCUCACUGGCCUCCUGCAGAUGAGCCAGGGGGAGCCAAGACCUAGCUCCACGGGUUCCUCGGCAGCUCCCACCCCCCCUUCUGAUCCCCUAGACCCUGUUUCUGAUCACGCAGGCCCCAGUGGUUCUCACUGCACUGACCCAUCUCUCCGACAGACCCCAGAAACCAAUUGUCCAUAGCACCUCUGGGGGCAUCAUGGGCCCCCUACUCUCUCAGGCGGUUCUUUUGACAAUAAAUGUGUUGGUUUGCAAA